AAAUGGUUUUCGUCUCUCAUCUUAAGGCACUCCAGAUGCCUACUUAGCUAAAGGGUGAUAACUAAGAAUUGUAUAUUGUACACGUCCAACUAUCGCACUGUUUGUCGUAAAGGGGUAACGAACGAUAAGGAAGAAGCAAAACAAUAGGAAAAUAUUAAACAACCUAGACUAGUAAAACCGCUUUCUUCAUACUUCAUUCAUUUCUUUAAGAUACAAUUACCUUCUCGGCAAGCUCUCUCCACCGUACCCGUAGAUCUAAUUUAUGUCUUUGGGCUAGAUCGAAGUCAAGAGUGAGUCCAUUAUAAAUUCCAAAAAUACCUACACUUACGAUAUAAAUGAGGAUUUAGUCAAGUUUCUUACAUAUUUUUAUAUGUAAAAACACAUAUUCACGAACUCCUCUGGAGGUAGAAAAUAAAAAACGUAUUUUAUGUAUUUCUCCACUGAAGAUACAUAAGCUUCGCCGUUCAUUCAUGCUAAACCAAUGAUGUGUAAUAUUAUUUUUAAUAGAAAAUAAUACAGAAAGCACCCUAACUUGAUUGUGAGUCAAACACUUUUAUCAUAGGAAAUUACCUAGACAACAUUCCUCUGUUUUAUGGUAUACUUACAAAAUGUAUACAGGAUGUAUUUUUUUUUUUAGUAAUUCUUUAAUGACUCUUUCGCUCGCAAGCCGCUCGAAAAGUGCCGAAAUCGUCACCAACAGCUCAAAACGAGAUUAACGGCCUUAAGAACAUUAAUAUGGGAAAGUCUGAAACUAUAGUACAUACUCAGAUUUGUUCUUUGGAAUUUUAGUAAAAAUAAAAGACUACAUUCAUACAAUUUUAAUAAAAACUAAUUGUCAACUCGUGAACUCGAACGUUUUGAAAAAUAAAACUAACAUUAUUUCUACUAAGAUACCGAUGUGUAGGUCAUAAGCUGUUAAUGGUACUAUUAAUCAUGAUGUUGAAAAUGAAUAAAAUGCUUUGUUUUUAUAUCCUGUAAUUUAUUUUAGUAAGUAUUUGUAAUCACAAUAUUUUUUUUUCAAUACAACAUUAAACUCGCUUAGCGUAAAAUUGUCUCUAUUUUUUUAAAGACAACGUCACAUUCAUUGCUCUGAUUCCACGAUGAGUAGCUAAAGCCCCCAUAUAAUGGAGUAUCUGUGAGACAACGAAAGUAACACAACAUCCAGACCCAGGACAAUAUAGGAAAGUCCGUUUUUUAUAUCAACUCAACCGGAAAUCGAACUCGAGAACUCGGAGAUGGCGGCCGCUUUAAACCGGCGGCGUGCGAACCACUCGUCUACGGAGUUCGUCUCUUUAUCGCUCUCUCUAUCGUUACUUGAUUCAUUGUAUGAAUCGUAUUUCACAGUAACAUUAACUGCUGAAGACCUAAAUAAUCGCUAUCGAAGUUAAAAUAAUGUAGGUCUAAUUUUUCAAAACAUGCUACUAUUAUUGUAUUGAGUACUAGUAUUUCUUUAUGUAUGAAUGUAGUUAUCUUUUCACUAAAAUCUAUGACAUGGUUCCCAAGAACAGGUUUUCGUAUAGUUGCAGACUUUUCAAUACUGACCGUUCUUAAUGUUACACCCUGUAUUAGAUUUCUUUUUCAUAAUUAAUUUUAUCCAAUCAUUAAAUUGGUUAACUAAUAGAUGCUUCUAAUGACUUUUGCAUUACUUGCGCAACGUACUUAAAAAGUAUGAAUAAUGCAAUAAUAAUGCAAUAACUAUUACCAUAAUUAGGAUCAUAUAUUAAUGAUUUCAUUAACUGUAUGCAACCAAAAAGAGAUAUAAAUCAAAUGUUCAAUUUGCGUAUUGUCAUUCCAGUGCAGUGUGUUAAAGUGAAACGAUAUUAUUUCUUAUAUAUAUACUCAAAUUUACAAGCAGAAUUCUUCGUGGUAUUUAAUUUAAAAAUACACUGUUACCACAACCAUAAAGGUAUGUUAUAAUAUAUUUAUGUAACAUAAGCUAUGAUUCGAGUGAAAAGUCCGCAGUGCAUACAAUAUUAACUCAAAAUUUUAUAUAUAUCACUAGCUUUUCUCGCGACUUCGUCCGCUUAAUUUAUACGCUAUAUCAUCCGCCUAUGAUGUAUUUUCUCAUAGGUGAAAGAAUAUUUAAAAUGGGGCCAAUAAUUACGGAGCCUAUUUAAUGCAAACAAAAACUUUAAAACAAUAAUAUAGAUGACCAUUUACCUUGUUAUAAACUUAGUCGAACACAAAUAAAUUUUGUUUGUUAUAUAUAGAUAUGAAGUUGAAUUAAUAAAAUGUUACAUUCGUUUUAAAAUAUUUAAUGAAAUGUUUGUAUAUAUAUAUGUGUGUGGAUUUGCUGUCUCAAAUGAAAAAAGGGGUUUCUAUUAAGAACUAAUUAAGAAGAAAUUUCAGCAUUUACCUAAUGUUGAAAUUUCCAUUAUGGAAUAUAAUUUCCAUGUUUGGUUUCAUAUAGAUAUCUAUGUGAAUUUGAAUCAGUCCUUCUUACUGUAAAUUGGCUUCCUCCGAUUUACUGAUAUUUUUAAUAUUAGACAUCUUUAUUGUCUGUGCCUUAUUAAAAGAUCUUUUUUCGAUAUUUUCAGAUGCUUCGCUUCGCUUCAUUGCUCCUUGUGUUAGUAUUUGUAUCAGUUCAAAGUUCACCAACACCCUCAACUAAAGACAUAAUCAGCAGUCUCAUCAGUUUUGAUAGAAAUGAAGACAUGCCAACAAUAGAAUAUGAGAGAACAUUCAGUGACCUCCCCAACGUUCUUUACACUAUUAAACUGCAAUUCAAGGAAAUAUUAGAAGAAUUAUUCACACAAGUCUUCACUUAUAUAUUGAGUGUAAUGAAACAAUUAAAAUUGAAAUUGUUGAGGAAUCUCGGUUUCAUUACGUUAGCUGAUAUCGCUGAAGGCGUUAUGAACUUGAUUAGUAAUUUAAUUGUGGAACCAGUAGUCGAAGUCGAAAAUGAAUAUAUGCCAAUAAGAAUGUCUCCUUCGCUACAAACUAGGUAUGAUCGCAAACGAUUCUCGGUAGCAUCAACGAGGGAUGAAGAAAAAUGAAAUGUCAAGAAAUCU